AUGUACUUAAAUUUCGCACCUCGAUCGCCAUGGAAGCACGUGCAACAUGUCUUACAAAUGCGUCAACUACAGCUGUUACGAAGGCAUUUCAAUCUUGGGGCAAAGCCGCCCAUACACACAGUGGUGGCACUGCCGGCAAAUCGGAUCCACCUUCAAUAUUACUCCCGGCGGAUGGAAAGUGCUAACUCCGUGGGACGACUAUCGGACAGAAGAGAAGAGGCGGUCAACAAAGAGGAUACUGUCAUGAUACGCCUAAGGGAGGCAAAGAGCAGCGAGGAGCUCAUGGAGAUGAUCGCAAGGGACACCUUGGAGCGGCACCAUCUGGUGGAAAGCCUUUCCCUGCUGUGGCUGCACUAUCUGAACUUGGGUACGCCAGAAAGAUAUGCUCUUUCAGAUCGUGUUCACAAAGAAGUACUGCAGCGGAUAGAUCCUCAUAUAACCCACAUGGAUAUUAAUGAACUUAGCUGCAGUUAUCUAUAUUUACGCAAGAUGCAUAUACCCAAUAGUGAAUCCACCGUGGAGACCAUCCUGGGACGUGCAUUAAAAGCAAUUGAUACGAAGGACCAGGGAGAGCUUGUUCCCCUGACAGCACUAUCCCGCCUCUCUGUGGGAAUCAAUUUGGAACGUGACUUCUUUACGCCGCUCGUGUGCCGCAACUUUAUGCCGCAUCUGGAGAAGCACAUAGCCCAGUGCGAUAGCGAGGAACAAGUCCGUCUGCUCUCCACUUGUCUCUUCCAGCUCCACCAGUUGAUCGACGAGGAGCUGCUCAAGGACUACAAGCAGAGAGUGAGCGAGCUGCUCCAACGCGGCGUCCUCAGCUGUGAUACACCCAAAGCCUUGCUGAAGCUGCUCCAUAUGCUGAAUAUUCGAGUGUGGUCACAACGCCACACACAGAUAAUAAGGGAAAUCCUUCUGACAUUGCGACCAUGCCUACACCAAUUGGAAGCCGGGGAUAUAAAGAGCAUCUGUCGUACGUUUCUUCAUCACCAGGAGCCCGCUGAACUGAUGCAGCCACUGAAAGAGGCUACAGAGAAAUUACUAGAAAAUGAAUGCACUCCAGAUGCCCUCUCCUGUGCCGUGCCGUUUGCCGAACCCCUCCAAAGGGAAAAGUAUCUGAAACUAUUUCACAAGUUGCUAUAUUCUGACGCCGCUUGGCUUCUGCCCAAUGCGAGCAACCACUUCUUCAGUGUCCUGCGAACAUUGAAAAUAUCCGAUUUGCCUUAUUGCAACAAGUACUGGUCGGGUGUCAUCCGAGAACUGGACUCCAGCCCAGAGGAGCAGACGCACCUGAGAUUCCUGGGCCAUUGCCAGCGCUAUAUGAACUUCAAUAACAACUUGGGCGGGACCUAUCGCCAUAUCAAUGUGGAGCGGAAAUUGAGUAGAAUGUGCAUGAGUGCCAUAGAGGAGGAUAUAGCUGGCAGGCUGCCGAACAAGGUGACCCGCUUAGCUGCCUUUGUGAUAGCCUAUGGACACACUCAGAUGUCCUGGAAGAAGUUUCCCAACAUUCUAAUGAGCAAAAUAGUGACCAUGGCUCCGCAAUUCGACAUUCAGGAUUGUUUUGUGCUUAGUCGGGGGAUGCAAAUAGCCUGUGAGCUAAGAUUUCGUCAGGAUACACCUGCUUUGGUGGCCAUGCAGCUAUCUACGAUGGAUAGCAUUCUCAUUGGAUGUGCGGAGCGGCAUUUGGCCAAUGCAGAACGAGAGCCACUAACUGCGAGUGAGCUCAGCAUCAUUAUACGGACCCUGAGCCAUAGGAAAACCCUUAAGAACACCAUGGUCUAUAUGCAGGCCCUAUCGCUGUAUAAGACGCUACAUUGCAAGGACCUCAGUUCGCGAGUGGUUCGUGAUAUGGCGUACAACUUCAAUGCCUCGCAUUUCUUUGUCCCCGAGCUGCUGGAGUCAAUGUUUGGCUACGUUUCGGAACAGCACGAGCACAUCACAGGCGACACCGUGGAGAAGGUGCUGACUUGUUCCUAUAACCUGGGAUAUACGCCCGCCUCACUGCAGACAUUGGAACGGGCUGCCAGUGUGCUACUAAGAGACUUUGAUCAGAUGAGUGGGCUGUCGUUGGUGCAGGCCUGUCUGGCGUUGUGCUUCUACAAGACCAUACCGGAUGAGCUGAUUAAUCAAGUAUUCUGCGUGAAAUUUAUUCAACGCAUCGAGGAUGAGAUACAGGUCUGCUAUUCGAAGGCAACCUAUCCGGAAAGGGUCCUCAAUCUAGUCAUGCAGCUGAAUCGCACUGUCUGCUUGGACUUACCGGAGGCGAAUGUGCCCUGGUUUCAACAGAACUAUAUCGAGGCACAGAUCAGCAAGAAGUCCCCUCAUCCCCGUGCCUUUGGCAAAGAAGUGAAACAUUUACUGAAGAAUUUACUCACGGACGAUAAGUAUUUCCGAUGCAAUCACACCACGCCAUAUGGCUAUCAGAUCGAUUUUGUGAUACAUUUCGAUCGGGAUAAGAAACCUAUGCCAGCACCACCACUAGAGGUCACAAUGUUGGAUCGCAUAACCAAGGUAGCAAUAUUGCUACUGAGAUUGGACUCCUUCUGUGAGAACGAUCUAACUGCUUUGCGGGGUCCCGAAUCGUUGAAGAUGAAGCAUCUCGAGAUGAUGGGCUACAAGGUGCUGCACAUAAACGAGCAUGACUGGAACUCCAAGUACAUGAUGGCACCGGGCGCCAAGGCAAACUAUCUUAAGUGCUUGCUACAAAUUUCACAUUAGGUCUGAUUUCCACUGGGGUUUUUCAUUGUAUAAUUGUAUAUUAUGUAUAGGUUGACAUACUCUGUAUGGAGUGUACUCGUAAGAUAGUAUUUAAUAGAUUAUAAAUACAUUUAAUGUAUCUGAA